GGGGAACAGUCGAGAAGUUAGAACCUUUUGAACGUUACCGUCGUGAGAGUCGUGAGAGAAAGACAGUUGCAAGACUAGCCAGCCUCGCGUCCAUAUGGAUCUCGACUCGGACGCGUCUAAAAGCACCCGUUUGAAGUGGUCCUACUGUACUUUCAAACGCCAUCACCGCAUGAACCAUCGUCAGAAUGCUCUCUCCGGACCCGACCCGCUCUCCGUCAGGAUCCUCCGCCGCCGCCGAAGAAGGCCAGCCGUCCGCCAGUAACGCUCCCGCCGACGACGCGGCCGCCGCCAUGUCUCGCCCAGCGUCCGCUCGCGUUAUCAACUCCGCUAUGCAGCAAAGACUGAACCUGGACCAUAUUGAUAUUCGGAUGAAAAACGAGCUGUAUCUCCGCCAACACCCUGAAAUACGACACAUUUUGGACUAUUUCGUCACGCAGGUCCUCGUUCAGCAGCCGGAGGACAUCGGGGGAUAUGCGUUAGAACUCUUCUCGGACCAGGCAUUGAGGGAAAAGGUGGAGAAGCAUUCGUCGGAAUGCCAGCAAUUGGAUGCAUCAGAAUUGGACGAUGAGGCGUGA